AUGGCUGAUUUAUUGAGACAUAUUAGUCUUCAAUUAAUUAAAAUAGGCGUUCCAAUAAUCGUCUGUAUUAGUAUCAUGGGUAAUACAUUGAACAUAGCUGUACUUUGUCGAUAUAAAAUGCGAAAACAAGCAUGUUCUCUUUACUUUAUUACACUUUCUAUAAUUAAUCUCAUAUAUUCCCCUACUAUUCUUGUCGUUAGUCUAUUAAGUGAUGGAUAUCAAAUAAAACUAAAUAUUCGAUCGUUAAUUGCAUGUAACCUCAUUACUUAUUUUGGUACACUACUCUCAGCAUUAUCACUCUAUUUCAUUGUAUUUGCUUCGAUUAAUAGAUGGUGUGCAAGUUCAUCAAAUACACAACGACGUAAUUUGAGUAAUGUUCGCACAACUAAAUGGUUAAUCUUUAUGAUCAUUAUAUUUUUUUCAUUGUUAUUUAUCAUAUCACUUGUAACGACUGGAUUAAAUACCGAUAAUACAACUAACUGUGGUAUUCAAGGCAAUGAAGUUUUUGUUCAAGUUUAUAGUAUUUUUCAAUUUAUUCUUUUUUCUUGUCUACCAUCAUUUCUCAUGCUACUUUUCGGUUGUAUGACAAUAUAUAACAUACAACCAUAUAGGAGAAUGGCUUUAACAUUAUCAAAUAAUCGUCGUACUGAAAAUCAACUAAUUCGAAUGCUUCUCGUUCAAGUAGGUGUUCAACUACUUCUUAUUUUACCAUUGUCCGCAGUUAAUCUACUUUUAUCUUUUCCUAACAUUUAUCAACCAACAGCAAACUUUUAUUCAUGCUAUUUCAUUUGUCGAGUUAUAUUUCAUAUGUCUAUUGCGACACCAUUUUUUUAA